AUGAGUUAUAGACGGUCGAAUAACCUGUCCAAAUUCUUUCCUGAUAGGUACACAAAAAGUGAAGAAGCUGAUUAUAAGGAGUCUAGACGACCUUAUACCAACCAUCGCAAGGAUAUUUAUGUGCCAUCAUCAUCACAUAAAGAUAUAUUUAUUCCAAAUGGAAAUAGUCACAAUCCAGAGAAGAGUGGGAGAGCAUACCCUCCAGUACGACCAGCCUACAGGGAUGAACGAUCAAACCGCUCUUUAGCAUAUGCAAGAUCAGAAAAAACUCUUUCACCUUCCCAGAAUUCUCCUGCUUCAAGUUUAAGAACACCACCAGUAUCAAAUUCUGCAAAUCAUAGUCAAUAUUCAACGCCAGAAAGCUCCACAGUUGAUAAUAACGAUAAUGAUACUUCAUUGUGGAAAAAAUAUAAUGAAACAAAGUAUAAAGAUCAAACACAUAUGCUGACAUCAACAGGUGAAUAUCAGCUUUCUGAAAAAACAUUGUCACAACUACACAAGCCUGCAUACAAGAUUAUAUAUGAUCCAGAGCUAUCGAAAAAUUCUGAUAAAGGAAAGCAAGCUAUUUCUCAGAAACUGGAUAUGAAAAACUUCAAAUCCAAAGAUCCAAGAAAAGAAAACUCUUCCAAGUCUAGUUCUAGUUCACAUAAACGUUUUAAAAAAAUUCCUUUCAAAUCCCUACCUUUACCUAAACUCAUAUAUGAUAAAAACUCAAUAGGGGGACCACCACCAAAUGAAAUAGUGAUAUCAGGCUUAGCAAGAGCAUUCAACGAAAUUUAUUUGAGAAACGAAGUUAAGAAACAUGGUGAGGUUUUAGAAUUUGAAAAUGUCAUGGAUCCAACCACUGGUAUACCACUGGGAAUACUGAGAAUAAGAUAUGGAGGCUCUCAUGAUAGAGCAUAUAGAUCAGUUAGAAAAGCUGUUUCUGAUUUGAACGAAACCACAAUAGAAGGUAGAAAAAUUCAAGCUGGAAUGAAUAGGGAAGGAAAAUUACUUCAAUCUUUAAAGACUAAAGCUAUACAAGAAAGGGAACUGAAAAUCAAAAAGAUGGACCUAAUAGAAAAGAAAAUUAGUUUACCAAGUGCACCAAAAGCUGUUUUGAAUGCUAUCUCUAAAAGUAAAGGUUUACCACAGAAAGAAAAACCUCAACAACAGGUAAAGCCACAUACUCAAAUACAGCCAGAUACAAGCUCUCCAAUACCCAAGGAACCUAGUUCAAAAUCAAAAAAGGAUGAUUUUAUCGUUCCACAGGAAUUGGAUAAAUACGUUAAAGGUAGACCAUUUAUUUACAUUGCUGCAAAAUAUGUGAAAGGUCAGGUUGAGAAAAACGAUAUCAAGAAAGCAUUAGAAACAUACGAUUGGACUCGUGUUCUUUAUGACCCUUCGGGUGUCUAUAUUGUCUUCAACAGUGCUAAAGAGGCUCAUCGUUGUUUCCAAUUUGAAAAUGGAAAAAAGGUCUUAUCAGUCAAUUUGUACAUGGAAGUCCAUUUACCAGAAAGUUAUAAAUUAGAAGCGAGUGAUGAGAAAUAUGCUCAUACACAAAGAGACGUUAUUGAAGAGUCAACCUCUUUACUUGCAAAAGAGUUAGAGGCUGCCGUUCAAAAGGAUAUUCGAACAAAAAUUAUUGCACCUGCAGUCUUAAAGCUUCUGAACAUUGAAAAUUUCCCAGAUUUGAAACCCAAACUUGCACCAGCACCACCUCCUGCCAGAAAACCAACUGUUGAAACAAUUGGAAGUGUGGUGUCACCGUUAAAUAAAGAUGUCAAUCCAUCUAUUGAUGUAUUUUCUUUACAAAGGAAAGUACCAAAAGUUGCUUCACCAAAUGAUAAAGAAGCUUCUCUAGGUAAGAAGAAGAGCUUAAAAUCCAAGAAGAAAAGAGCCCUUCCUAUGUCCUAUAGACUGAAUUUUGAAGAUGAAAGUGAAAGCGAUUUCAGAGAAUCAACAGUCUCUACACCACAGUUGGAAUCUUAUUAUAAAGAUGAGGAAGAUGAAGAACGAGACAAAGAAGGUCCACCUAAGAAAAAAAUAAAAGUCAGUAACAGAAAGGAGCGUCUACCUUUGUUAUACUCUAGUUCCUCUGAAGAAGAUGAAGGGGAGGAAGAAGAUGAAAAUAAGAAGUCUAAAGAUUCUCAACCGACCACACCAGAAACACCACAAGAAGAUAAAAUGGAUAUUGACACUAAGUCAGAACCUAAAGAUGAAAUGGUACCUAAAAUAGAAGAGGAGGUGGACGAGGUUGUCGAUGACUCCAAUGUUGAUUAUUCUGCUCUAGAGAAACAAUUUAGGCCUACACCAAGUGAAUUUCCAAUCCCAGUAUAUGAUGAUGAUAAAGAGGAGACUUUGGAUAUCAAUGGAAUUCAGAAUGUUAUCAAAGACGAAGAAGACUUUAAAUUAUUGAAAGAACUAUUCUUGGAAUCACCACCAACCACCGUGUCACAAUAUCCUGAUUACAUGUUGUGGAAGCUUAAAUCAACAAAAACUGUCACUGAAGCUAGUAAAUCUGAAAUCAUUGACGCCCCAAACUUCUUGAUAAACAGUACGGGAUCUCAUAGAAGUGAAGGUUAUUCUAAGAUAUCUGAUGAACUUAAAGUUGAGUAUUUGCCUCACAAAAGAAGAGUUCACGAUCCUUUAAGCACAGUUCAAGUUGAAAACGAAGAUAAUGAUUCAUCCAAGGUACAAAGUUCAAGAGUGAACAGAGCAAAUAAUAGAAGAUUUGCUUAUGAAGUUAGUACGUUCAACAAUCAAAAUGAAAUCUUGACAUUGAACCAAUUGAACAAGAGAAAGAAACCUGUUUCUUUCGCUAGAUCAGCCAUUCAUAAUUGGGGUCUCUAUGCAUUGGAACCAAUUGCACAAAAAGAAAUGAUUAUUGAGUAUGUCGGUGAACGUAUCAGACAACAAGUUGCAGAUUUUAGAGAAAAAGCUUAUCUUAAAUCAGGGAUCGGUUCCAGUUAUCUUUUCAGAAUAGAUGAAAAUACUGUCAUUGACGCAACCAAAAAAGGUGGUAUAGCAAGAUUCAUCAAUCAUUGUUGCCAACCGAGCUGUACAGCAAAAAUCAUUAAAGUUGAAGGCCAAAAGAGAAUUGUCAUUUACGCAUUGAGAGACAUCGGUGCUAACGAAGAAUUAACGUAUGAUUAUAAAUUUGAACGGGAAACCAAUGAUAAUGAACGUGUGAGAUGUCUUUGUGGUGCUCCUGGAUGUAAAGGAUAUUUAAAUUAG